AUGGUGAGGGUCAGUGUGUUGAAUGAUGCUCUCAAGAGCAUGUACAAUGCUGAGAAGCGUGGAAAGAGGCAGCAUAGAGGAACAGAAAUAUGGCGUAUUGAGAACUUUCAACCAGUGCCUAUACCAAAGUCUGAUUAUGGUAAAUUCUACUCUGGAGAUUCAUACAUAAUUUUACAGACAACUGGCAAAGGUGGCACCUACCUUUAUGACAUUCACUUCUGGAUCGGAAAAGAGUCAAGCCAAGAUGAAGCUGGGACUGCAGCAAUCAAGACUGUCGAACUUGAUGCAGUUCUUGGAGGUCGUGCAGUUCAACACAGGGAACCCCAAGGCUUCGAGUCUGACAAGUUCUUGUCAUACUUCAAACCAUGCAUUAUUCCUUCGGAAGGAGGAUUUGCCUCUGGAUUCAAGAAGCCUGAGGAGGAAAAGUCUGAAACACGGCUAUACACUUGUAGAGGAAAACGGGUUGUCAGAAUGAAGCAGGUUCCAUUUGCCCGGUCAUCACUAAAUCAUGAUGAUGUGUUUAUCUUGGAUACUGAAAAGAAGAUAUAUCAGUUCAAUGGUGCUAACACAAAUAUCCAAGAAAGAGCUAAAGCUCUAGAAGUUAUACAAUAUUUGAAGGACAAGUACCAUGAAGGGACUUGUGACAUUGCGAUCAUUGAUGACGGGAAAUUACAAGCUGACUCAGAUUCUGGUGAAUUCUGGGUCCUUUUUGGUGGCUUUGCACCAAUUGGAAAAAAGGUGGUCAGUGAAGAUGACACUGUUCUAGAAACCAGUCCUGCAAAGCUUUAUGGGUACCUUUUUUUACUCUUACAACAUUGCAUGUAUGGUUUUUCUACCAAAAGCUAG